AUGAGUGUUGAGUCAAAGGGACACUCUACAUCUAGUACUGGUAGCUCACCAAGAUCACCAAUACUUCAACCUCCAGAGGAUACUGAAAAUGAUGGAGGUAAUAGUAAUGAAAAUGAAAAUAGUAAUAAAAUAAAUCAUAAUGAAAAUGGUAAAAAUAUAGAAAAAAUAAAUUCCAAAAGUCCAUCACAAGAUGGUCAACAACAUUUACCUACUGAUUUAAAUACUUCUUCACUUUCUAAUAUGUUAGAUGCUCAGAAGGCAUUUCAAAAACUUACAUCACAAAUGUCCGGUGCUUCAUUUGGAAAUUCACCUUUAAGUUUUGCUAAUCUUCCUCAAUAUCUUGCAUUUACACAAAAUAAUCCAUUAUUUCAAAGGCAAUUUAUGUCUCUUGGUCAUCAUUUUAGUGGUGUUGGUACAUCUAAUGGUUCAGUGAGGACAUCACCAGAUUUGAAUGAUGAUGAUAUGGAUCAUCUUGAAGAUGGUGAACCAGAAGAUUUAAGUGUAAGUAUCAAUAAGAAACCAGAUGAUGAUGGUUUAGGUGGUCCACAGGCAUGGAGUUAUGAGGAACAAUUUAAACAAUUAUAUGAGUUAUCGGAAGAUUCAAAAAGAAAAGAUUGGUUAGAUGAUUGGUUAAGUUUUAUGCAUAAGAUUGGUAAGCCAGUCACAAGAAUACCAAUCAUGGCUAAACAGGUAUUAGAUUUAUAUGAAUUAUAUCGCUUAGUGGUACAUCAUGGAGGUUUAGUUGAAAUUAUUAAUAAAAAACUUUGGAGAGAAAUUACAAAAGGAUUAAAUUUACCAUCAUCUAUUACCUCAGCUGCUUUUACAUUAAGAACGCAAUAUCAAAAAUAUUUGUAUGAUUAUGAAUGUGAAAAAGAAGGAUUAUCAAGACCAGAAGAUUUACAACAAGCUAUUGAUGGUAAUAGAAGAGAGGGAAGAAGAAAUCCAACAUCAGGUUUUCCUGGGGCAACAUUACCAUUUCAUUUAGGUCCAAAUCCAUCAUCAUUAUUUCCAAAAGCAUUUGGUGGUUUUAAUUUUAAAACUGAUGAAGAUUCUGGUCUUCCAAUUAAUCCAUCACAACAUGCUUUAGCUGCAGCAGUUUUUAAAAAUGAUCAAAUGUUAAAUCUUGAUAUGCAACAACGUUUCAUGCAACAAACAUUAGCAGCAGAGGCUUUCAAUAGACAUCAGGCAUUUACUGCAGCAGCAGCUGCACAACAUUUAAAUUGUAUAACAUCAUCAGGGCAUACAAAUAACAAUAAUAGUGGAAGAGAUAGUUCUAGUAGUCUUGAGAGUGGUGUCAAUGAUAAUGGUCCUGUUGCUAAAAGAAUUCGUCGAGAUAGUACAGAAUCAAAUAGUAAUAUAAAAGGAAAUACAGUAAAUUUUAAAAUAAAUUCAAUGAAAAAUACAAAUGAUAAUGCUAUGAUGAUAUCAAUGGAAUUGAACGGGAAAAUGUAUCAAGGUAUGUUAUAUUCAAUGCCAGGAGGUUUAUUAAGUGGAAUAAAAAAUAAUAUAGAUGGUAAAAAUUUAUCCAUUCCAACAACAGGAGCUUCUUCAUUUUUAAAGACACCUCUUAAUUUACCUAAUACUCCAAUUGGAGGAGAAUCAACGACACAAGGACAGGGAACAUCUUCACUAAUUUUACCACCAGAUCUCACAAAUACAUUUGCUAAUUUUGUAUCAAAUCUUCCAAAUUUACCCUUAUCUGGAAUGAAUAGUAAUAAUAAUAAUAAUAAUAUGUCAUAA